CUUCUCACCUAGGGCAGCCCCUGAGAGUCAGGAACAAGAUGACAAAGCUGAUGAGAAGGGAUGCAAUCUGGGUUGAUGUAGACGUGUGACAUGGAGAAUAUCUUUGAUACGUACGAACUGGCUGGCAAAGUCAGAAGGAACGUCUCCCCUGAACCUGUGGGAAAAGGCCAGAACUGUCCGUCCAUUCCUGUCAAAUUCAACAUCACAGUGACCCCCAAUCCUGAAAGGAAGGGCUUUAACUCUCGGAGCAAGAGAUUUCAGUAUUCUGAGAGUGAAAACCCAGGUCCAGGAUUCUAUAAUGUCACCCAUCAAUCUGCACUUCUCAAUAACGUCUCCCAGUCCCGGAAAGGAACCUGUUUUUUCCCUUCCUUGGACACACGUAUCGCUCGCCAGAGAGUCCCCAGCUAUCCCGCUGCAAACGCCUACAGCCUCCCACCCACCUUGCAGUCCAAGCAAGACUUUAGCUUGGGAUAUUCCAGUAUGUUUCAGCAACCAAUUGCCAGGAAGAUUUUCAAAAGAUCCACUCCAGCCCCCAACCAAUACAACGUCUCGGUAGACAAUGGAAAGCAAAACCGCACCACUGGCGCCAAAUCGGUGUUUUCGUCUAAAACGAAACGAGCGUUGUCACUCGGUAGCAAGGAGCACGUGCCUUCUCCCUGUCAUUACCGAGUUAAAGAUUCCGUCAUACGGCAGUCACCUGCAAUACUGGUGUCCUGCUUCAGAUCCAAAACGAGCCGUGAAACCAAGACAGAAACGCUGAGCCCGGGGCCAGCAGCCUAUCAGCAGCCAGCUGGAGUCCCAGUAGUGGCAUCCAGAAAGUUCCCUGGCCUGCGAAAAUAUGGCUUGAACUUCUCAGCCCCAGCUGCCCCUCGUCCCAAGAGCCCCCCUUCACCUGGGCCUGGCCAGUAUGAAAUAGUAGACUAUGAUGGUCCUGCCAAACAUUAUAUCUCCAGUGCCGUCUUCGUCUCGAACACAGGCCGCUGGGUGGGUGAUAAAUUCCACAAAGAUAUACCUGGCCCAGGGGCGUACAACCUCCCUGCACCGCAGAAGCAAUCUUUCAUCUAUAACACUGCCAAUAAAUGGGUGCCGGUAUUGUAAAGUAGUGGAUCCUGCAAUGUUGGUUUGGCUGAACUCUUUAUUUGCAAGCACUGCAUUGUUCUCUUUAAAAAACACUGCAUUCAUUUGCCUGUGACCAAGAUAUAAUACCCACCCAUUUGGAAUCCUGUGUUUCCUUUGAGUGGCUCAUUGGAUUGUUCCUGCUUGCAUGCAUCGCAGGCCAGAAGAAGAGUUUUGGAUAUAGAGAAUGGAUGUCGUUUCAUUGUUGGCUUCAGGCUGACAAUGGAUUGUUCAUGCCGCUAUU